AUGUGGAACAAGUCUGCCAUCUGCAAACAAUUCUGGAAUUUGUGCAAGGAGAAAAAGAAACUGUGGAUCCAAUGGAUACACAGCUAUUACAUUAAAGGAAGGCACAUAUGGGAUGUUCAACUGAAACAAGCAUCUUGGAUGGUGAAUAAGAUCAUAAAAGCAAAGGAGACAUUCAUGGAGGCAGGGCUCAACUAUGAAGAUAUCAUGAAUAUGCAAAGCUGCUCAAUUAAAAACAUAUAUCACAGGCUGCGUGGAAGAUUUGAGAAAGUUAGUUGGAGAAGGGUAGUCUGCCAUAAUACAGGAUGCACAAGAUGGACAUUUAUACUAACUGUGGCAGCUCAUGGGAAGCUAUACACAAAGGAUAGAUUGCAGAAGUGGGGAAUGCAGGUGGAUCAGGAAUGUGUCUUGUGCAAGCAAGCCAAUGAAACUAUACAGCACUUGUUCUUUGAAUGUACAUAUGCAAAAGCAUUGUGGAGCACACUGUUAGCAUGGCAAGGAAUUAGAAGACCUGUAGCUGGUUGGGAUGAAGAACUACGAUGGGCUGAGAAGAAGACUAAAAGGAAAACAGCUGCUGCAGAGUUGUACAAAAUGACAGCAGCAGCAACAGUAUACCAUGUUUGGCAAGAAAGGAAUACUAGAAUUUUUCAAGCAAAGGUGACAGGUUGGGAAGCAGUAAGUAAGAAGAUCAUUCAAGAGCUACAUUAUCGAAGUACCAAACAUACAGUGGGAAUGCUACAUAGACUAGAUUGGUACCCACUGUAA